UGGAGGACUCGAAAAUGGGACUUUCAGACGGUUUACUUAUUUCCUCUUCAUUUAACGCAAAUAUGAAGCUAUAAGUUUGUGUGCUUAUGGACCAUUUAGCGUUCUGGUAUUUUUUAAUAUAACUUUUACGUGACGAGACUUCGAGGGCAGACAUCGGGCUUCUGACUCGAAGCAGGUCUUUGACGCCAAUCCGAGGAAUGACUAAAUCACUUUGGAGAUAACCGUCCACGUGUCUUCGAACUGCCCUCUUUUCCUCGGGCCAACAAUACGCGAAUUCUUUGGAAUAUUUAACUCCAAACUCCUACGGAAGGUUGAACGAACUUUGGAGAACUACGCCCACGUUUUCCUCGCGAGUUACUUCCGUCAGAGAAUAUUUCGAAUAGGACAAAAACGUAAUCGAGGAUUUGAAGGAUGAAAAUGUGUCAGGGAACUUAUUGGACUGCAAAAUUAGUUGAUGGACUCGUCGGGAGAAGUGACAAAUGCUAUCGGGAGAGGAAUGAGGAAACGUCAAAACUCGCGAAAUUCGUAACUCGAUAAUCAAGCAGCUCUUAGAAGUCUCAAAAUUAAGCUCGAUGCGAGAGAAAGGAUAACAAUGUCUGUGAAAAAAGUUUCAACGAAAGCACUCGGGACUAAAACGAGCAGGACGUCCAAGUUGGAACUCAAGACUGAACUGCUCAAAUGGAUUUGUGAGAGACACGCGACUAACGGACCACUCGACAGAAAACUUCUUCGGGAAAAAGCUAUGGAAAUUGCGGAUUCUUUCGGCCUCAUUGGCUACAAAUGUCCGGGGGCCUUUCUCACGGUGUUUUUGAAGAAAUACGGUUUUUCACCGACUCUGACAAACUGCAAUGGGCCGACGUUCACCGACUACAGAACGUGGAUAGAUCUUUUGAGAUCGUUGAUAACCCAGUACAGGUACAAGGACCUUUUCAACGUGGACGAGUUGAUAAUGUACUCGAAUUACUUGCCAUCGAGAAAAGGAAUGAAUGUACCAUUACAGAAGGAUGAUGAGAAUGUUCUAGAGAACCACGAGAGGUUUCACACCUCGUCGGAGUCGAAAAGAAUCGCGAUUCUAUUGUGCUGCAAUUCCUCCGGCACGGAAAAGCUCGAGCCGCUCAUAAGCAAUCCUUACAUAUUGAAAAAAGGGGCGGACGGAGCGCGUCAGAAGCGUCGCCACGUUUCCGGCAUCAGCGACAAUAAUUUCGCCGCUUGGCUCGACAAGUUGAACACGCAAAUGUCAAAUUCACAACGGAAUGUUCUCCUGCUGCUCAGCCGCGAGAGAAUUCGUUCCCUGCACAAUUUCCAGAGCUUGAGCAACGUCAAAUUGCUCUUCCUUCCGAAAGAUUUUCCCGCGCAACUGCGCCCCCUCCGCGGGGACGUAUUUCACUCCGUUAAAAUGACGUACCGUCGUCGUUACGUUGAAUCGAUGCGCCGUCGAGAACCGCUGACGAAAGACUGGAGCACCAAGGAGAUCGUCCAGAGCGUAUUUCAAGCGUGGCAAGAAGUCUCCGAAAAUCUCAUCGUCGCGAGCUUCCAGCGAACCAAGUUUCGCGAGGACCAAUCUUUCCUGAAGAUUCAAUGCCCCGAAUGGGACAGCUGCGAGACCGGCAUGAGCUUCCGCGAGUACGUCACAUUCGACGAUGGGCUGUGCGACACGCCCGAUCACCGGGGAAACGAGCAAUCGACUCUCCCGAAUUUUAAUAACAACGAGCACGGAUACAAUCUUCGUAAAAGUUGUCGAGAAACGGUUGAGCUCAGCGACGACUCCGAUGAAACUCCAAUUGAGGAAAGCAAGAAAGCUCGAGAUGGGAAGAAACGCGAUGCGGAGAUGGUCAGGAAUGCUCGUCCCGAUGAAGCACCCUCCGACGAUCAACUCUCUACGAGAACGAGGAAAACUCCAGAACCUCGGGGCAAAAAUCAGUUUACCAACUCGAGGAUCGUACAGUUUUCGGGAUUUCCUGGCGCGAACAAGAUCCCCGGGGUUCCGAACGAUGCACUCGGCAUCGAAACGGUCGGCGCGGGAGCGACGACGGACUCGUGCGAGUAUCCAGAAACCGCGAAUUCGUCGGGGAGAAAAAUUUACGAAAAUCCUGAAAAGAGAAAAAUUCUCAUGGAUCGUUGUUUGCGGGGAGUGAACUUGGCGAGUUCGGAUUUGCGGAGCGAGGUGAUUCCGAAAGCUGUCGAGAAAUUUGAUCAAUUCGAGGGAAAUUUAGCCCCGGGAGACGAUUUAGGCGAGGGCGUGAGUCUGCAGAAAAAAAAGGCAGAAAAUUUGCCAGGGGAGGCUGGACCGAGUGGAAAAGAGUGUCGGGAGUCCGGGCUGCUCUUGGGAGAUGCGAAUGUUGAGGGUCCUUUGGAAUCGGAGGACGAGGAAGAGGCUCGGGGCGACGAGGCAGGAGCUCGGGACGAUGGAGAGUUGAGACUGAAGAUCUUGACCGCCAUACAAAUCUGCGAAGAGCUGGAAGGGCGCAGCAGGCAAGAGGAAACGAGCGACCCCAUUUCCGGAAGGUCCAAACGAUCGAGAGUCUCUUCCAGUGUGUAUGAAGACAAUUUAGAGGAUGACGACGAGCCGCCGAACAAAGUGGCCAGAACAGAUGCCCAUUGGUCCAAACGGUACGAGACCAAUUUUGCAUUCGGGCCAGAAAUCCGCGUGAAUCUCGACGAAAAUUUAGCUCGAUCGCCACCGAACGAGAAUCCUAGUAACCAGGAAUCAUCCACGACUAAUAAAUCGUUGAUCAAUCAAACCGGAAGUGAAGAAGUGGACAAAAGGUGCAGGUUCACGGUGGACGAUUGCACGAGUUUGGCCAACGAACCUUAUUCAAACACGAAAGAUUAAUUCUCCUCGUUUCGAAACUUUGCAAAUAGUUAAGCUCUCGAACAAGUUUCACACCGAUCAAUGCGGACCGAGAACAAUCUUCCACCAUGGGGACCUACGACCUGCCCGGUGGACUUCAAUCUUCGACGAUCGUCGGCCAACUGUCAUGCCGAUGUUUUUCCCCCAACCAAACAAAACUAAAUUGUCAAAAAAAACAAGAUUGCUGCGUUUGUACAUUCUUUUAUUGAAGAUUCAUUGAUACCGGAAUGAAAAGACGUUUGGCAAUCCGAUCAUAGAUUUUUUAUACUUUUUUCUGUGAACGGAGCUUCAGGCGGAUUUUAUAAUAUCGACUCGCUGGUCUUGCUAACGAAAGAAAAAGAAUUUUCAUCGCUUCGAAGGAUCAAGAGACACACUGAGCCUGGUUCUGUAUCGUUCAACAGUAAAUUUGUCACUUGAGUUUUUCAAAAAACAUCGAUUUCUCUGAUUCAGUUGCAGCCAAUUUUUAUUUCUCUGUUAACUCUCAGGAAAGUCGUUAAUUUCGAAUAAUUUUUGUCAUCCGGUACUCCAGAAACCGGUGGGUUUUCCGGAAACAGUUGCAACAUUUUGUCAAGUUUCUUUCUGAAUGUUCAAGGUUUUAUAGUUUUCCUCGAUUCAUCACAAUCUAAUUUAUCGUUUGGCUCGUGGCGUGCUCUCGAACGAGAGUAACUUAUCGUCAGAGCGCCAAUAUCCGUAAGAAAUUUCACAGCAAAGGAAGAUUCCACUGUUCCUCGAAAAGUCGAGAU